AUGUUAGCAGCACAAAAUGCUAAUAUUAGUUUAGGAUCAUCUCUUAUUGCUUCUGAGAGCACUUCUUGGAGAUCUCCUUCUGGAGAUUUUGCCUUGGGAUUUCACCGUAUCAACAAUCAAGACCUCUUCUUGCUAGCAAUCUGGUAUGAUAAGAUACCAGAAAAGACAUUAGUUUGGUAUGCAAAUGGAGAUGAUCUAGCUCCAAAAGGAUCAAGACUUCAGCUUACUGAUAAUGGAAAUUUGACACUUACUGGCCCAAAAGGCCAAGAAAUUUGGAACGCCGGUUCGACCACAGACCGAGUGGCAUACGCUGCCAUGUUAGAUGAUGGUAAUUUCAUUCUUGCAGGAAGAGAUGAUAAAUAUAUAUGGGAGAGCUUCAAGAACCCAACCGACACAAUCUUGCCAACACAAGAAUUGGAACUUGGAGGAAAGCUAUUUUCUCAUCAAACAGAAAGCAACUACUCUAAGGGAAGCUUUCAGCUCUUCAUGAAAACAGAUGGCAAUCUGGUGCUCCGUCCAAUUGGCUUGCCCACUGAUUUUCCUUACGAACCUUAUUUCCGUAGCAAUACAGACAGUGUUGAUGAAAUGAAUUCUGGCUACAGAAUGGUCUUUAAUGAAUCAGGUCAUCUAAAUGUUUUCCUCAGGAAUGGAAGUGUCGUUAACCUCACAGAGAACAGAACAGUCUCCAAUGGAGAAUUUUAUUUCAGGGCAACGCUUGAUGUCGAUGGAAUCUUUGCAUUAUAUGCUCAUCCCAGGGCUCAAACAAAUGGAAGCCGGGGGCAGACCUGGUCCGCCAUCUGGUCAGUCCCAAAUAAUAUUUGCUCCGCUAUCAAUGGCGAUUUGGGCGGUGGUCCCUGCGGAUAUAACAGCUACUGCAGACUUGAUGAUAAACGAAGGCCACUUUGUGAGUGUCUUCCUGGGUUUUCCCUAUCUGAUCCAAACAACAAAUUAAAUGGCUGCAAGCAAAACAUAAUUCCAAAUUGUGAGCAAGACAAUUCAAAGCCGGAAGAUUUGUAUAUAAUUCGGGAACUACCCAAUGCAUAUUGGCCAGUUUCUGCAAAUUAUGAACAAUUGCAGGGGCUAAAUGAAGAUGACUGCAGAAGAUUGUGCCUUUCUGAUUGUAACUGCAUAGUUGCUGUUAUCAAGGAGGGGACCUGUUGGAAAAAAAAGCUGCCUCUUUCAAAAGGGAGGCUGGAUUAUAACACCUAUGGAAAGGCUUUCAUCAAGGUAACUAAAUCUGAUGUUUCUUCAAAUGAGCCUUCUCUUCAGAAUUCCAACACGAAGAAGAAUGAUAGAGAAACUCUUAUUAUAGUGGGAGCAGUGUUUUUGGGUAGCUCAGUAUUCUUUAACUUCCUGCUUGUUGGAGCAAUAUCCUUGUUUGCAUUUUACUCGUACAAAAACAGACAGAAACAAACUAAAACAUCUGACAUUUUGGAAACAAAUCAACGCACUUUUACAUAUAAAGACCUUGAAGAAGCAACAGGUGGAUUCAGGGAAGAGCUUGGAAGAGGUGCUUUUGGCACUGUAUAUAAAGGAGUGUUAAUAUUAUCAAGUUUAAAAAACUAUGUUGCAGUCAAGAAGUUAGAUAGAAUGGUGCAAGAAGGCGAGAAAGAAUUCAAAACAGAAGUGAGCGCAAUAGCCAGAACGCAUCACAAGAAUUUAGUUAGAUUGCUAGGAUUUUGCGAUGAAGGCUUAAACAAACUUCUGGUCUAUGAGUUCAUGAGCAAUGGAACCUUAGCUAGCUUCCUGUUUGGAAUAUCAAGACCCGACUGGAACAAAAGAUUACAAAUGGCGUUUGGGAUUGCAAGAGGACUUACAUAUUUGCACGAAGAAUGCAGCACACAGAUAAUCCAUUGUGACAUUAAACCACAAAACAUUCUCCUAGAUGACACAUUCACUGCAAGAAUCUCAGACUUCGGAUUGGCUAAGCUUCUGAUGAGUGAUCAAACUCGCACACAAACAGUCAUUAGAGGGACUAGAGGGUAUGUCGCACCCGAAUGGUUUAGGAACAUGCCAAUUACUGCAAAGGUAGAUGUGUAUAGUUAUGGCGUGAUGCUAUUAGAGAUUAUUUGUUGUAGGAAAGGCCUUGAUAUGGAAAGGGAGAAUGAAGAGGAAGUCAUACUAGCUGAUUGGGCCUAUGACUGCUAUAAACAGAAAAGAUUAGACAAGCUAGUGGAGGAUGAAGAAGAAGCAAGAAAUGAUUCAAAAAGAUUGGAAAAACUAGUGAUGGUUGCAAUAUGGUGCAUCCAAGAGGAUCCAUCUCUAAGACCCUCCAUGAGGACAGUGACACAGAUGCUUGAAGGUGUUGUUCAGGUUUCUGUGCCACCAUGUCCUUCCCCAUUUAGUUCAAUCUGCUGA